AUGGACAUCGAAUGCUACAAAAAGCUUUUUAACAGUCCAGAACAUCACGUUGACAAAGACUGGAAUUUACAGUCAAAUGUGCUUGUUACUCGUGAAAUGCCUGAACGCCAUACAGGCGAAAAUCUUGCUGAACGACUGAAAUCUACAAUUUCAGAGUUUGAAUUGGACGGUAAAAUUGUGAGUUCUGUACAUGACAAUGCUAGGAACAUGAAUUGUGCAUCAGAGAAAUGUGACUUUGACGAUAUGAGAUGCUUUGGUCAUACCAUUCAGCUUUGCAUUAAACCAUGCUUGGAAAUACCCGCUAUUGCCAAACUUACUUCACGUGCUCGUAAGUUAGUGGGACAUUUCAAGCAUUCAACUACAAUAACUGCAGAAAUGAGGAAAAGACAAAAGUUGUUCGGACUAAGACAGAACGAACUUAUACAAGACGUAGUUACGAGAUGGAAUUCGACUCAGCUAAUGAUUGAACGCCUAUGUGAACAACGCAGAGUUAUUACGGAUGUAAUGCUAGAUACAACUGUUACUAAGAAAUGUGACACACAUAUGCUUCUCAAAGAUCAUGAGUGGGAUUAUCUGGUUGAAAUUUCCGCAGUAUUGAAGCAAAUGUCUCAUGUUACAACAUACAUGUGUCUGGAAAAGGACGUAUCAGCCUCUGUAAUGCUUCCUAUUGUCAACGGACUCUUAAAAAAACACCUAAAAAACUCUGAAGAGGAUAGUGCUCUUGCGCAUAAAAUGAAAGCAAGUAUUUCGGAAGAACUCAUCACCCGCUUUAAACCGUAUGACAUUGAAACUGCAUCUACACAGCAUGCUUUAGCGUCCUUACUUGAUCCGAGGCAUAGAACACUUAACUUUUUCUCCCCAGAACAAAAAAAAGUCGCCAUUGAAAUGUUAGAGUCCAAGUUAGACGAUGUGCCAUUAAAGCCCGCAGUUAAAACGUCAUAA